AUAGCUUCAGCAGCUCUGGCAGUUUCUGAUAUUCCUUGGAAUGGGCCCAUUGGAGCUGUGCGUGUAGGUUUUAUCGAUGGAAAUGUUAUCAUGAAUCCUACUAGAAAAGAAAUUAUUAAUAGUUCUUUAAACCUUGUUGUUGCAGCAACAGAGCAUAAUAAUGUUGUUAUGUUAGAAGCUUCUGCAGACAACAUUCUUCAACAAGAUUUUAUGAAAGCUCUGAAAGCAGGAGUAAAAGAAACCCAGCGUAUCAUUCAAGUUAUUAAAGAACUUCAACAAAAUUAUGGUAAACCUAAAAGAAUUUUUGAAAAUUUACCAGAGCCUUCAGCUGAAGUUAUGGAAUCUGCUAAACUCCUUUGUGAAACUAAAAUUACUGAAGUUCUAACAGAUGCAAAUUUUGAUAAGGUUAGCAGAGAUCAAGCCCUUGAUGUAAUCAGGCAAGAAGCUGUAGAAAAAGUCGUAGAAAACCAUCCUGAUUGUGAUCCAUCUCAUAUAUACGAUGUUGUAAAUUCUACUAUUAAAACAAUUUUUAGAAAUUUAAUUUUGGACACGAAUAAAAGAUGUGAUGGCCGUGGAUUGACUGAUUUGCGGGAUAUAUCUUGUGCUGUAGAUAUUUAUAAACCACUUCAUGGAUCAUCACUUUUCCAAAGGGGUCAGACACAGGUUUUUUGCACAGUUGCAUUCGAUUCCUUAGAUUCAGCUCUGCGAAGUGAUCCAUUAACUGUAUUAACAGGGGGCAUUAAAGAAAAAAAUUUUAUGUUGCACUAUGAGUUUCCUCCUUAUGCAACUAAUGAAAUUGGGCGAGUUGGUGCUUAUGGUCGUAGAGAACUAGGCCAUGGAGCAUUAGCAGAAAAAAGUUUAAGACCUGUUCUGCCAUCUGAUUUCCCAUUCACGACACGCUUGACAGCAGAAGUUCUUGAAUCAAAUGGUUCUUCAUCAAUGGCUUCUGUCUGUGGAGGUAGCUUAGCUCUUAUGGAUGCUGGUGUACCAAUAUCAGCUCCUGUUGCUGGUGUAGCAGUAGGAUUAAUUAGUGUACCAAAUACUGAGAAACCAUAUGAAUUUAUGGAUUACAGAAUACUUACUGACAUACUGGGCAUUGAAGAUUAUUUAGGUGAUAUGGAUUUUAAAAUGGCAGGAACUAAAAAAGGCAUAACAGCAGUUCAACUAGAUACGAAAGUUCCUGGUCUCCCACUGAAGGUAGUAAUGGAAGCUCUUUUGCAAGGGUCAGAUGGUAAGGAUAAGAUAUUAAACAUCAUGACAAGUGUAAUUUCUAAACCAAGGGAAGAAAAUAAAGAUAACUGGCCUAUAUCUGAAAAACUUGAAGUACCUGUACACAAGCUCUCUCAUUUUUUUGGAUUUGGUGGCUACAACAUCAAAAAGCUUAGAAAUGAUACGGGUGUGCAACUCACCAAUAUUGAAAAUGGAGUAUUUUCAGUUUUUGCUCCAAAUGCUGCAGCUAUGGCAGAAGCAAAAGAAGUUAUUGAUAAGCUCUUAAUCGAAGAGAAAGAACCACAAUUAGAAUUUGGUGCAAUUUACACUGCAAAAAUCGUUGAGAUAAGGGAUUUUGGUGUCAUGGUAACUCUGUAUCCAAACAUGAAACCUGCACUUGUCCAUAAUUCCCAGCUAGAUCAGCGAAAAAUACAUCAUCCAUCUGCACUAGGUCUUGAAGAAGGUCAAGAAAUUCAAGUGAAAUUCUUUGGUAGAGAUCCAGCAAGUGGAAGUAUGAGGUUAUCUCGAAGAGUUCUUCAAACCAUUCCUUCACAAAUAGUUCAUAAUUUUCAUGGGUCAAAAAACCUGUCCGAAACAAAAAAGCCGGAUUCUUAGGAAAUAAAAUAAUUUUAAUUUAAAUGCUUAAAUUAAGAUGAAAAGUUACUUGUAUUUAAAUCAAUUAGCUAAAUAUUUUGUUCAAAAUACCAUUAAGUAAAUCCAUAAAAAAUAAAUACUUCCUUUAAUAUUCAUAAAUUCGUGCAAGAUAUAUAUGCAAGACAUACUAUAUGUACAUUAUAUUUAUAUUCCUAAUUAAGAUUUUAAAUAUGGUAUCAUUCUACUUAAGUAGAAAUAUUUUUGCUUGCACUAAUGUAUUUAUAUUUCUUGUGUACAAUAAAAUGUUAACCUUUUUAUUAUUUUUGUUUUGAAU